GCUCGAGAGCCUCUUGUAUUCUGACUGCUACUUUCACCUUUUCUGUUUGUAACCGACACCGCGGCUACUAUCAUGGAUGCCCGUCUGCGACGUGUGAACAAAGAAAUUGCUGAUUGCAAGAACGAUAAAGCUUCUGGCAUUAAAAUCGAACUUAUUGACGAGUCGCCAUUUCAUCUGAAAGGGAUCUUUCCGGGCCCUGAGGGCACGCCUUACGCGGGUGGCACGUUCCUUGUCGACAUCAUCAUUCCCGAAUCAUAUCCUUUUCAGCCGGUGAAGAUGAAGUUCAUAACGAAAGUUUACCACCCGAAUGUUUCCUCCGCAUCAGGCGCCAUAUGUCUUGACAUCUUGAAAGACGCGUGGUCGCCGGUUUUGACGCUUAAAUCCACGUUGAUUUCCUUGCAGAGUUUGCUCUGCAGCCCGGAGCCCAAUGACCCGCAGGAUGCGGAGGUGGCUAAACACUUUACGACCAGCAAGGGAAGCUUUGAGGACACAGCUACAUAUUGGACGCAGAUAUAUGCCGGGGGACCCGGGAAGAAAGGCGUAUCUACCGCGUCAAGUGGAGAUGGAAAGGAUGAGGUGGCCAUGGCCGGCUUAGAGAAAGCCCAUGUAGACCAAUUUGAGGCUCUGGGUUUCCAGCGGGGAAAAGUGAUUGACGUUUUGAGAAGACUAAAUUAUCGUGGCAAGAAUGUUACGCAAAUAUCGGAGGAUAGGGUAGUCGAGGAGCUCUUGAAGUGAGCUGUCGAAGUGACUGUCGCUUUUUUGCCUGUAACGUUCCGUCAUGCCCUGCCUUAAUUCAAGGACUUUUGAUAAUAUGCGGCAGGAUCUGAUCGCAUGCGAGACGUUGGCAACGCCAUAACUCUUCUUGGUGACAAGCGGGUAACUCGUUUGCCCACAGUUGUACUGCCCCUUAGUUCUCAAACAAAUAGCGAUCAACUAUGAAACUAAACUUCUUCACAUCCG